AUGGGCUUCUUCCUGCUCAACCUCUCCCUCACAGACCUGGGCUGCAUCUGCACCACUGUCCCCAAAGCCAUGCACAAUUCCCUCUGGGACACCACUACCAUCUCUUACAUGGGAUGUGCUGCACAGGCCUUUUUCUUUUAUUUCUUCAUGUCAACUGAGUUUUCCCUCCUCACCAUCAUGUGCUACGACCGCUACGUUGCCAUCUGCAAACCCCUGCACUACGGGACCCUCCUGGGCAGCAGAGCUUGUGCCCACAUGGCAGCAGCUACCUGGGCCACCGGGUUUCUCAGUUCUCUGCUGCACACAGCCAAUACAUUUUCCCUGCCCCUGUGCCAGGGCAAUGCCCUGGGCCAGUUCUUCUGUGAAAUCCCACACGUCCUCAAGCUCUCCUGCUCACACUCAGGCUACCUCAGGGAAAUUUGGCUUAUUGUUGUUACUGUCUGUUUAGUGUUUGGUUGUUUUGUUUUCAUUGUUUUCUCCUAUGUGCAGAUCUUCAGGGCUGUGCUGAGGAUCCCCUCUCAGCAGGGACGGCACAAAGCCUUUUCCACGUGCCUCCCUCACCUGGCCGUGGUCUCAAUCUUUGCCAGCACUGGCACGUUUGCCUACCUGAAGCCCCCCUCCAUCUCCUCCCCAUCCCUGGAUCUGGCACUAUCAGUUCUGUACUCGGUGGUUCCUCCAACACUGAACCCCCUCAUCUACAGCCUGAGGAACCAGGAGCUCAAGGAUGCCCUGAGAAAAAUGAUGACUGGAUGCUUUUCAAGAGCAAAAAAGUGCCUGUUUUCUGGUGCGUAG